AUGAGGUGGAAAAUCCCACUGUCUCUCGUCGUCCACUGGACGGGGAUUGCCAACGCCGCCGCACUCUCCAGUAACCCACCAUGUCCAACAGAUGCCAAAGUUGUCAUCGAACAGCAACCGUUCGAGAUUCAAUGUUCCGGGAGCAUCUCCCUCUCGACCAGGACUAGGACCUACACUGAGUGGGUGACCACCACCGAUGUUGUCCAGGGUGGGACCACGUCAAAGGCAACGAUAGUUUACACCACUUCUAAUCCUCCUGGUCUUAUUACCGUCACUUCAACCGGCACUCAGACGGGAGCUACAACCAUUCCCCCAAAUAAUCCCGGCGAUCCGACCACUAUCGUCACCUAUGUUCCACCUCUGCCCACCGUCACUUCCCUCGCCAGCACCGCCGGCUUGACUACUGUUCCGCCUGGUCCAAACGGUGGCCCAUCGACCGUGGUCACCUUUGCGACAGGCCCUGUCACGGUGACCUCGUCGGCAAAGACUACCGGCCUUACCACAGUUCCUGGUUCAAAUGGAGGUCCUCCUACCGUCAUCACUUUUGCCACCACCCCGUUGGUUCCAGUGACCGUAACUUCGACCGCUUCAGUCACCGGGUUGACAACUAUUCCUCCCGGACCGAACGGAGGCUCGCCCACUAUAGUAACCUUCGUGACGCCCCCUGCUGGUCCAGUCACGAUCACCUCUUAUGCCUCCACGACCGGCUUAACAACUCUGCCUCCUGGCCCGAACGGUGGCCCCCCAACUGUCAUUACCUUUGCAACUGGGCCUCCAGGCACAGUAACGAUCACGUCUUUUGCGUCAACUACGGGCCUAAGCACCCUUCCGCCCGGUCCUAAUGGCGGCCCGACGACUGUCAUCACUUUUGCUACUACACCCCUAACCCCUGUAACUAUCACCCAGACGGCAUCCACGACCGGCUUGACAACAGUCCCUCCUGGUCCGAACGGCGGCCCCCCAACUAUCAUCACGUUCGCUACUAUACCGCCUGGUACAGUAACGAUCACUUCUACCGCAUCGACUACUGGCUUAACGACCGUUCCUCCCGGCCCCAACGGUCCCUUUACUGUCAUUACCUUUGCGACUGGGCCUCCGGGCACGGUAACGAUCACAUCUUUUGCGUCAACUACAGGCCUAAGCACCCUUCCGCCCGGUCCUAAUGGCGGCCCAACGACUGUCAUCACUUUUGCUACCACACCCCUUACCCCUGUGACUAUCACCCAGACGGCCUCCACGACCGGCUUGACAACAGUCCCUCCUGGUCCGAACGGCGGCCCGCCGACGGUCAUCACUUUUGCCACGGGACCUCUGCCUCCCGUGACGAUCACAUCGACAGGAUCAACGACCGGCCUAACCACGGUCCCGCCUGGUCCAAAUGGCGGUCCUACUACCGUCAUUACAUUCAUUACCGGUCCCCCACCAGUCACCCUUACAUCCACUGCGUCGAUAACUGGCUUGACUACCCUCCCAGUUGGACCUAACGGCGGACCUCCCACCGUUGUCACAUUCGUCACGCCUCCUCCUCAGACCCCCGUGACCAUCACCCAGACGGCAUCAACCACCGGCUUGACUACUCUUCCCCCGGGCCCUAACGGCGGCCCGCCGACAGUCAUUACCUUUGCUACCGGCCCUCCGGGUGUCACUCCUCCCGUCACAGUGACUUCGACCGGAAGUACUACCGGCCUUAUCACAAUCCCGCCCGGGCCGAACGGUGGCCCCACUACGAUCGUCACCUUGGUCACCGGUCCCCCGCCGGUUACGGUAACGUCCUUCGGAAGCACUACCGGAUUGACCACUUUACCUCCGGGUCCUAACGGAGGCCCGCCUACUAUUGUCACCUUCGCAACCACCACCCCGCCAGUGCCGGUCACAAUUACUCAGACUGGCACUACUACUGGGCUCACAACCGUUCCUCCAGGGCCCAACGGUGGACCUCCCACAGUCAUCACUUUUGCAACGGGGCCUCCUCCUGUGACUCUCACCCAGACUGCUAGCACAACCGGCCUGACAACGAUUCCCCCUGGCCCCAACGGCGGUGUCCCCACAGUCAUUACUUUCGUAACCCUUCCUCCAUUGACCCCGGUCACCCUCACUCAGACUGCGACCACCACUGGUCUCACGACAAUACCUCCUGGACCCAACGGAGGGCCACCAACAGUCAUUACAUUCGCAACGGGCCCUCCCCCCAUUACUAUUACUCGAACUGCCAGCACAACUGGUCUCACCACCAUUCCCCCUGGCCCGAACGGCGGCGUUCCUACUGUCAUCACUUUUGUAACCCUUCCGCCGCUGACUCCAGUGACUGUCACUUCAACUGGUACUACCACAGGUCUCACGACUGUGCCUCCUGGACCUAACGGUGGCCCCCCGACGGUCAUCACUAUCGUCCCAGGCCCGUCCCCAGUGACUCUCACUCAGACUGCAAGCACUACUGGUUUGACUACCGUUCCUGGCGGUCCCGGUGGUCCCAACACGGUUAUCACCUUCGUAACGACCCCGCCCCCGGUAACUCUCACUCAGACUGCAAGCACUACUGGUUUGACUACCGUUCCUGGCGGUCCCGGUGGUCCCAACACCGUUAUUACCUUCGUCACCGGCACUCCUCCAGUUACCGUCACUCAGACAGCCAGCACGACCGGCCUCACUACUUUACCUCCGGGGCCCAAUGGCGGACCGACUACUGUAGUGACCUUCGUCACCGGCACUCCCCCAGUAACCGUCACUCAGACUGCCAGCACGACCGGCCUCACUACUUUGCCUCCGGGGCCCAAUGGCGGACCGACUACUGUAGUGACCUUCGUCUCUAGCACUCCACCUGUCACUGUGACCCAGACUGCCAGCACUACUGGUCUCACCACGUUGCCUCCCGGCUCCAACGGAGGACCGACUACCGUGGUUACUUUCGUUACUGGCACUCCUCCCGUUACCGUGACUCAAACCGCCAGCACUACCGGCUUGACAACCGUUCCGCCCGGUCCCAAUGGGGGUCCCACCACCGUGAUCACCUUCGUGACGAGCCCUCCCCCAGUUACUUUGACCUCCACCGCUACUACAACUGGCCUCACAACUUUGCCCCCGGGACCUAAUGGAGGACCUCCUACUGUGGUCACUUUCGUGACCACCACCCCCCCAGUCACAAUCACAUCAACCGGCACCAACACUGGCCUGACUACAAUCCCUCCUGGAACCGCAGGCGGACCUCCCACUGUGGUGACGCUCGUGACCACUACCCCUCCAGUCACCCUCACAUCCACUGGCACAACCACCGGUCUGGUCACGAUUCCCCCCGGCCCAAGCGGUGGUCCUCCUACCGUGGUCACCAUCGUACCUCGCAUCGGUAUCAUUCGGACUUUUACUCAGACCGCCAGCCAGACCGGCGUCACGACUUUAUCAAACUCCGAUCCCUUCGGCACGACUACCGUCAUCACCUUCGUCACGGUGCCUACUGGUGCUCUGACUACUGUCACUUCGACUGGUACCCGAACUGGAGCCACAACAAUUAUUCCCACGGAUCCGGCCGGCACUACUAGUGUCAUCACAUUCGUCCCGCCAGCGACCGGAUUCGUCACGACACUCGUGUCAACGGCAACCCAGACGGGCGUCACCACUUUGCCCCAAACGGACCCCACUGGCACAACAACCGUCAUCACUUUUGUCCCUGUGACGGGAGCCAUCACAACCCUCGUAUCGACGGGUACUCGGACAGGCGUCACAACUUUACCUCAGACGGAUCCCUCUGGAACAACAACUGUGAUUACCUUCGUUCCCCCCGUGACAGGCGCGGUCACAACUCUCGUAUCGACAGGCACGCAGACGGGUGUCACAACCUUACCCCAGACGGAUCCAUCGGGCACAACAACUGUGAUUACCUUCGUUCCCCCCGUAACAGGUGCGGUCACAACUCUCGUAUCGACAGGCACGCAGACGGGUAUCACAACUUUACCUCAGACGAAUCCCUCUGGAACAACAACUGUGAUUACCUUCGUUCCCCCCGUGACAGGCGCGAUCACGACUCUUGUGUCAACGGCGAGCCAGACGGGAGUAACGACUUUGCCCCAGACAGACCCUUCCGGCACUACGACCGUCAUCACUUUUGUUCCUCCUGUUACGGGCGCAAUUACGACUCUUGUCUCUACGGCUACCCAGACGGGCGUUACGACCCUGCCCCAAACGGAUCCCGCUGGUACUACUACCGUUGUCACUUUUGUCCCCCCCCCAACGGGUGCUAUCACGACGAUCGUAUCAACCGGGACGAGGACGGGCGUAACAACUCUACCUCAAACGAAUCCCACUGGUACAACGACCGUUGUCACCUUCGUCCCCCCCGGCGCUUGUGCCACUCCGCCCGUGGAUUGUGCCGCAUCCGGCCUCACUCUCAAGCUCUACGCAAACUCGGUCCAAGUUGCCGAUGGCUAUGGAGUCUCAGACGGCCGAUCUGGAGUCGGGCCCGAUUACUACCUCACUCAGAAUGCCCUGGCUCAAGGCAGCACGAACUCAAUUUCCGUUCCCUACAAGGAUGCGAGCGGCACGACCGUCACGCCCUACACUCCCCAGACAUCAGGCUCUUCGACGGGCUUCCGGUACUACGAGGGUCUGACGCAGACGUACGGCGGCAUCACGUACAACGCCAACAACUUCACCCUCGUCUUCACCGGAUACUUCCGGCCUGAUCAGAGCGGAACGUACAACUUCUGCUACGGGUACGCCGACAACCGCGACGCUUUUUACCUUGGAGACGCUGCCUUCGCUUGCGGCAGGCCCGCGAACGCGGAUACCCCCAGGGGAGCUACUCCCCUGGCAAAGAGUUGGUUCGCUGCCGACGGAAACACCGGCUGCGCCAGCGUCAACCUCGUCGCGGGGGCCUUCUACCCGGUUCGACAGGUGUUUGGUAACUGGGGUACUCCCUCGUCUCUAAACUUCUUCUUCAACGGACCGGGCCAUGCGACGAACUCGUCUGACAUCUCGGGGCUUGCCUAUCCUGAAUCGUGCACCGCAGCCCAGCCCUCCAGCUCGUCAACAACUUCAGCCGCCAUGGGCUUCGUCACUACGAUCGUGUCGACGGCGACGCAGACCGGCGUGACCACAUUGCCCCAAACGAAUCCCGGCGGCACGACCACCGUCGUCAGCUUUGUGCCUCCGGCCACGGGUGCCGUGACCACCGUGGUCUCAACCGGAACCCAGACUGGCGUAACUACUCUGCCCCAAACUGACCCGACUGGCACGACUACCGUGGUCUCGUUCGUACCCCCAGUCACUGGCCUCGUAACUACCGUGGUCUCGACAGGUACCCAGACCGGCGUGACUACACUACCCCAAACUGACCCGGCUGGCACGACCACCGUAGUGUCAUUCAUACCUCCGGUCACUGGUGUCGUAACUACCGUGGUCUCAACCGGAACCCAGACUGGCGUAACUACUCUGCCCCAAACCGAUCCUGCCGGCACGACCACCGUGGUCUCGUUCGUACCUCCGACGGGCGCCGUGACGACCGUAAUCUCAACCGGAACCCAGACUGGCGUAACUACUCUGCCCCAAACCGACCCUGCUGGCACGACCACCGUGGUCUCGUUCGUACCUCCGACGGGCGCCGUGACGACCGUAAUCUCAACCGGAACCCAGACUGGCGUGACGACCUUGCCCCAAACCGACCCGGCCGGCACAACUACCGUAGUCACUUUCACGACGCCCAUCACCGGCGCCAUAACGACUAUCGUUUCAACGGGUACCACGACUGGCGUGACCACCCUCCCCCAGACCAACCCGGCCGGCACAACCACCGUCGUUACUAUCACGACGCCCAGCUGCACCCCGGGACUCCGAUGGGCCUACUACGGCUUCUCCCGCGCAGCCUCCGACACCGUUAGCACAGCCGGUCGCAUCCCCUACCACAACACCGACGACACCUCCAAGGCGAACUGGAAGACCACCUACUUCAACAUUCCAACUGUCCUCAAUGGCCAGACCCCGAGCAACACGGGCUACACCACGACCAUCGGCCUCGCCCAGCAGUGCGACACCACCACCCGAACGGUAUACGGUACAACGACAAGCGGCCAGUCCAACUUCAUGAUCGUUCAGCACAUCGGCUACUUCCACCCUCUCACCACCGGCACCUACACUUUCAGCUUCAGCGGCGUGGAUGACGGCGUCUAUCUCUGGCUCGGCCAGGGCAGUGCCGCGAAGACGGGCUUCACUAACGCGAACGCGCAGAAGAACGUCGAUUACUACGACACGAGCAGCUCCGGCACGUACACGUUCGCAGCAACUGCGGGGCAAUACUACCCCAUCCGUCUCCUCUUCGUCAACGCUCAGCAGUGCGGUCUGUUCAAUUUCUCGCUCACGAACCCCUCCGGUGGCGUCGUCGUCUCCAACACCCAGGCCGUCACGAACAACCAACUCGUGUUCAGCUGUCCCACCAUCGCGGACGCUCAACCAUUCAAUUUCUAA